AUGGAACCGACAUAUUAUGGUCAUGAGACGGAGAAUACCCGCCAGAGGUCGAAUAGUAACGCCGGCGGUGUUGGCGAUGAGCAGAAUCCACAGUUUGGAAUGCAAGCACAGCUGGGAAAAAUGAUGUGGGAAGCUGGAUCCAAACAAGUUCAAGACACAUUCCAAUCAUAUGGACGUAUCGACUUGUUUCGCCCGUAUUUCGAUGUGGAUCCCGCAGAAGUCCGAACACGUCUCAUUCGCUCUUUUAUCCCUCGAAAACCGUCACAAAUCCAAGUUUCUCCAGAUUUAUACGGUCCAUCUAUGAUUAUACUGACAAUGGUGGCAUUGUUGUUGUAUAACAUGAAAACUAGCGGAAUAAUAAUUCAAAACGGAACACUGAUGGGAACCGCGAUGUUCACAUGUUUCGGAAGUUGGAUUCUGAUUUCUGGGGCUCUUUGGGUCGCAUGCUUCCUCUUGGCAGCUGAGCAGCCAUUUUUGACGAUUUUGUCGAGUUUUGGCUAUUCUCUCACAUCUCAAUGCCUGGUUCUCCUUCUCACAUCACUAUUCCAUUCAUCUCAUGAUCAUCUCUUCUUCUUCGUUCUACUCGCCAGUUUUUGUAUUCCAUCGGCUCUCAGAAUGGGACUAAUAGUGUGUAAUCAGUCACGUCUGCCCGCCAAUCGAAUAAUGUUAAUUGGAAUUGCGAUCGCUGCUCAUUUAUUACUAAUUAUCUAUCUUCAUUUCGGGUUCCACGUGGUGUUAGAAGAACUAGACGAGAUGGUCGGUGACGCGAUAGUCGAUGUGAAUGCGAUCAAGGAGACGCGUGUAAUUGGAGAAUAA